CCUUUCGUGUCCAGUCAACAGAUGGCAGCACCUUCAUGUACACAAGAGUCUCCAGCGGUGACCAAUAUGCGCCACAAUUUCGGUCUAUUUUAUGACUGAUGGGGUCUUCUGAGGUCCUAAUCACAGCCCGAAGUCAACUGGAAGGUGCUGCUGUGAUGGGUGCAAAGAGAUAGUUGACGACUCAAAUGCACGACAAGCAAAAUGGAUGCUGGAUUGAGCGAGGAGGAGUUGCUCAUCCGGGCCAGGGAGGAGCGUGCAGCCAUCGUCGGCCGGUACGAUCUUGGCCGCGAAGAAGGGGCUAUCAUAGAUCCAUGGGAAGACCCAGAAUUCGAGGUCUAUCACACCACAGACAGAUAUGGCUUUAUACAUGACAACAGGCUGCCUCAGUCCCGUUCCAAGGAGGAGGAGAAGAGACUGGAGAUCGAAAUGUCCAGGAUACCCAAGUGGACAAAGAUGAUAAAGUCGUGGGAAAAAUAUUGGGACAAGGAGAAGUUCUUCAAACGCGUCUACAAAGGGAUUCCUGACCGGUUUCGGGGCACUGUGUGGGCCAAGCUGCUCUACCUCGAGCAGAUCAAGGAGGAGCAGAAAGGGAAAUAUGAGGAAAUGAGAAGACUCGGACGCAAGUGGUCCACGGAUGUACGACAGAUUGACUUAGAUGUUAACAGAACCUACAGAGAUCAUUCCAUGUUUCGUAAAAGAUAUGAUGAGAAGCAACGGCAACUCUUUCAUAUUCUUGUUGCAUACUCAAUGUACAACCAAGAAGUGGGUUACUGCCAAGGUAUGUCCCAGAUUGCUGCGUUGCUACUCAUGUACCUGAAUGAAGAGGACGCGUUUUGGGCCCUCUCGGCUCUCAUGUCCUCCCCCAAGUAUGCCAUGCAUGGUUUCUUCAUUCCCGGAUUCCCAAAGCUUUUGCGGUACCAGCAGCACCAUGACAAAAUCCUGGAAAAAUUCUUGCCAAAGCUUAAGAAGCACUUGGAGAGAAACUGCAUUGAUUCUGGCUUAUAUACCCUCAAAUGGUUCUUUCAGUGCUUUCUAGACAGGGUGCCAUUUACCUUAACACUGAGGCUGUGGGACAUCUUCCUGUUGGAGGGUGAGCGUCUCUUGGUGGCCUUUGCUUACUGUAUCCUCAAAUUGCAUCGUCGUCAGAUCACACGCCUUGACAUGGAUCAAAUUUUAGAUUAUCUUCAGAAAAAAUUAGAGAAGAAUUUUGGUUAUGAAGACGACUAUGUGAUAGAGAGUUUAGAGAAGGCCAUGGAGGAGCUGAAGAAGGCAAAGCUCGACCAUCCCGGGGCACCACCCGACAACGAGCUGCCGCAGCAACCUUUUGGCAUGUUCAUAGAGCCCUCGGUUGAGAAGGAGUCAGGGAUCCGGCGAGGCUUCACGGAAGAGGAGCGGCUCAUCACGGAGAAACUGAUGAAGCGGACGGAGACCAUCGGCAUCAAUGGCUCGCAUCUCUCUGUUGACCGCGGGUCGCGGUAUUCACUGGAGUGCAGCAUUGAUGAAGUGAGCAGCCUGGGUGGGGUCGGAGGGUCCCGGGCCUCCCUUGCCAACACAUCUCUUACCUCAGCGGCGGACCUCUCCACCCUCUCCUCGGUCACCCUAGCCAGGCGUGGUGACAUGGACGCAGCCUCCAUUCAGUCAGGUCGCUCCCUCAUCUCUCCAGACACCCGCUCCGUGCAGUCAGUGCGCUCCCCAAGGUCUCCCACAGAGAAGUUCAGACACUCCAACAACCAUUCGCCAUCCCAGUCGCUGCCUACGCAGACCAAUGGUGAUGUUCACAGUGAUGCAAGGUCAAUUCAAAGUGAAGGUGAAGUCGUGCAUAAUGGCUUGGCGGGUAGCCCCCCGCACAGCCCAUCUACCCCAAGGCCGUCCUGUUUGUCUGUGAGUCAGACGACCUUGCAAGAUGGUGAGGCCCUGCAAUCUGAGCCCGCUACGCCUAAGGCCACGGAGACACCUGACACAGUACGUAUCUUCGUGCCAUACUCAGGGAACACAGAAUCAACAGCAUCAAAAUCUCAAGCCCCAAGAACUCCUCCGCCUGCAGGAGAAAACCCCAAAUACAUUACUUCGAGCCCCGACGAUCCCAAUAGGAUCACCAUUCGCGUCGACAGGGACGAAGCUCUCUCCUCCCCGAGAGGGCUGUCUUCGGGACCAAAUACCUCCUCGCGAAAUUUUGCCGACUCCCAAGAUCUUCCCUCCCAAAGCUUCUCGUCAUCAGUUCUGGACGAUUCGUCAGAUCUCUCCACCACACUUCAGGAGACGAGCUUCACACAGGACAUCUCUCCACGGAUGAGACCUUCCUCAGCCCCCAUAUCUCCUUCACUGCCGAAGCUGCAGACAGCUCGAUCCCGCCCCAUCACGCUAGAUAGUCCAGAGUACAGUGAAGGUCUCUUAUAAGUACAAGUUCAGCAUCCUGGGCUUCUGACUCCGAGCUUGGUUGGUUAUAUAUGUAUAUAGCUAUUGGUACACUGGACUUGUAGAAAAGAUUAUAAAUUUGAGUUUAUUUAGAAUACUGAAUUAAAUUUUAUUGUAAGAAUAAAAGUCAGCAAUAUGAAUACAGAUAUUACUGUUGUCUGCUGUUUGAAAGUUCUCAGAUCUGUGUAAAUUGACACUUUUUGCCAGAGUAGAGAGAAGUCCAAGUCAUGUUAAAACAUUGUUGGUUGAAGUGUGAGUGAUCAAGUGUGUGUGUAUGUGCGGGUGACUGUAAGAGCUGCAGGCUCAUUAUUAGUAAGUGUACUUAAUAGAAUUGGUGUUUCUAGAUGAUCUGUCACUCCUGUUAUUAGAGAGCCAAUUCUAGGAUAUUUUUGUAUGACUCCUGUUCUAGUCUUCCUUAUUUUUCCCCUUUCCUCUUGGUGAUUGGCCAGUAGGUCUAGGAGGGCAAAGCAGAGUUGCAGCAACCCGCAGGGCCCCCACGACUGUUAAUACUAACAUGGUGGUGUGACUGGCUUAAGCAAUGUACACAGUUAUGCCAUCAACCCAGUUUCGUCAACUUUGCCAACCAAGGUCAAGGUCAAACGAAUGGCCUUAUUUUUGUAGGUUCCAGUGUUUGCUAGCUGUGUGAGGUCUAGGAUGUAAAUCCCUAGUUUUAUUUUUCCCUCUUUUUUUAACCCUUUUUUAUUUGUUAACAGAUAUAAUUUUCAUUGUGGACGUUGUUGGUUUUUAAUUUUCUUUUAAUGCAACAUUCCAGAUGUGUUGUUAGAAUUGUAUAUGCUGUGUUAAAACAGCUGGCGUUUCCAUGAUUCUAUACAGUAUGCUUUUUAUGGGUCCAGUCAGCAGAUGUACUAUUAUCGUGGUAUAGUAACUUGUUUUAUUUUAACGUCCCAGUUUAAUUCUCCUUCGAGUAUCAUUUAGUGGAACCGCGCCUUCAUCAAGCAUAUAUUUGGAGACUGGAUGCGGAAAUAGAAAUACUCAAAUACUCAAUGUGCCUCUGUGCAAUAAUUCCAAAAUUCAAGGGAGUGAAUUCAGGAGCCCAUUUGGUAAAGGCCUCAACGUAGAUAGCAAUGGCAGCAAAAAAGAAAACAAGAAAAAAAUGCUCAUUAUCCCAUUGUAUUUGCAUCUUUUAGUAUUUAUUUGUAGAUGUUUCUUCAGGCAUAAAUCUUGCUGUGUGAUAAGCGUGUGAGUGCUUCGUGUAUAUAUAUAAAUAUAUAUAUCGAGAAUAAGUCGGAGGGGAAGCAGGGCAGGAGAUGGACCAUGCACCAAAGGCCUUUUUCAGUGUCGAGCGCAAGGGUGCCUGUGACAAGUGGUCGUUAAAUGCUUUAUAUUUUAUUAUUAUUAUAAAUUUUUUCAAGACUUAGGUUUUACAUAUUUUUGCUCUCUUUUUAAAAUAUUUCUUCCCUCCCCCCUUUUUUUCAUUAUUCUUUUUUUGUAUUUGGAUAAUUUAUUUGUAUUGAUCUUUCUCUCUUGUUUUUUGUUGUUGUUUCCUAAAGCCUACUUAAGCAAUCCUGAUGAUUAGUGAGACUUUUGUCAUGCUUUUGUAUCUUAGAGAAUAGAUUAAUGUUGUCUACAUUGCCUACUGAAGAAACAAAAACCAUAUCUGUUUCUUUUUUAACACAAUAACCCUCUCUUUUUAUUUUAUUGACAAUACUUUGAAGCAGUAUUAUGUACUCAAGUACAUUAUUCUCAUAAUAUGCAAGGAAAGUAAUUUAAGUGGCACAUCAUAAGAUAAAGCUGUAGAAUGUUUUUGUAAUUUCAUAUUGGACUGUAUUUUUUUACCAUUCCCAGUCAAAGAGUGAAAAAACGUUAAUGACAUGUACAGUAUAUGUAUGUACAUGUAUCACCUGCAUUUUGCUGGUGUGGAUGAUAGAUGUGCAUGGUGGAGGUCCAAAGUCAUUGUGACAAUAUACGUGCAUCUAAUCAGUUAAAUGGUAUCACUGUUUUCUGGCUCUGUAAUGGUGUAGUUGUAUGCCCUUGUUUUCUUUUUUUUUUUCUUUUUUUUUUUUUUUUUUGAGCUCAAAAGGCUUGAAUAUCCUGUUUUUUAGCAUUUUUUAUGUUGUUAUAUUUUUCUUAAAAGCCAGGAAACACUGAGAAGUUUGCAUCUCUUCUGAUUACUAGUUGGAAAAUAGGGUCCAGUAACUCAGCACCUUGGAUGAAUUAACUAAAACCUGUACGUAGAGACGUAUAUAUAUCCAGUGAGAGAGUAAGUGAUGGAGAAGGGUCGAAUUACACUCGCCCAGUGAUUUCCGUAGAAUAUGCACAAUCGAUUGAGCCUGAAUAUCAAAUGCUGUUUUUAAUUUUCCAUAUUGUGGAGUAGAGACACAAAAUCAUCACUUAUUAUCUCUUGUGAAGUUAGGCCUCAUGGAAACUUGCUGUUAGUGAUAAAAACACCAGGUUGACGCAGGCUAGGUCAAUGAUGAUAGCCAGUGAUAGUUCGGAUUCCCUGCACGUAAGUCAUUAUGUAACACCUUCACUUGUAGUUCACAAUAUGGAGGAUAAAUGAAUGUAAACUAGACUAAAUAUUUGGAUAUUUGGAUAGCAAUAUUGUUGCAGGCACUCAUGUGAUAAUUUUAUGUUGGUAAAGAAACGUUUGGGUAAGUUUCGUCUACAGUGCAGUCUUGUAACAUAACAUGCAUAUGUAACUUUAGGUAAAAAGUUGUUGUUAAGUAUUAAGAGACAGCAAAUGUCAGUUAUGUGUCAUCACAUCACAACAACGGAGGCAGCUGAAAAUUUAAUUGUUA